AUGCAGACGCUGCUGAGUGAGGAGGUGAAUCUGGACGCGGAGGCGGUGCUGUUGAAGCAGGCGGAGCAUUGGCAUCAGCUCUACCUUGACUUGGAGGCCACUUGCGCCAAAGCCAAGCGGGAGCAGGCGAUGUUGCAACAGCAGUUGAACGAGGCCCUAGACCGGGAGAGGCACUGGGCGGCCAAGAACCUGGAGCUGCGCAGCCACGACGCCCGCGAGGAGGCUUUGCACAAGGCCCGCCUGGCGGAGCAAUUGGCCAACAGCCGGCUCUUGUGCCAGAACAAGGAGGAGUCGCUGUGCAUGCUGCGCUGCCAAGUGGAGGCCAAGGAUGAGGAGCUGGACAAAGUGCGGCGGGAGCAGCGCCAGGGCAUGGAGCUGUGCAAGCGCCUGGAGAAGACCUUGGCGCAGAUGGCGGAGAAGGAGCGGCUUGCGGACCAGAAGGACGCGGAGCUGAGCAAAACUAAGACGGAGCUCCAAAAGGAGAAGGACAUUUGCGCCAGGGCGCUGCAAGAGGUGCGGGAGCAGAGCAAGGCGGAGGCGUCUUUGCGGCAGCAGCUGGGGGAUUUGAAGGACCAACAGAGGGGCCUGGCGCGGGAGAACGAGCAGCUGCGGAGGCCCCUGGAGGAGGAGGUGGCCAAAAGGGCAGCGCUGGCGCAGCAGCUCACAAGCACCGGCCUCCUGCUGAAGGGCAAGGAGGAGGAGAAUGCGGCCUUGCGCAGCCAGCUGGUGGCCAAGGAGGAGGAGGUGGAGACUCUGCGCCGGGCUUCGCGCCGGGCCUCUCUGAGCGAGCAGCAGACGGAGGCGGAGCGCGCGGAGUUGGCGCGGAAGCUGGCGGAGGUGGCCCAGCGCGCCGCCACCAAGGACCAGCUCUGCGAGCAGAAGGAUUCGGAGCUCGGGAAGCUGCGCACGGAGCUGAAGACGGAGAGGUCUCUGUGCCAGUCCGCCAUGCAGGAGGCCGGGAGCCGGGAGGUCGGGCUGAAUGGGACUGCGACUGAUUCAGCAGAUCGGUGUUGGAACUGCUGUGAGACCCCGAAGUGCGAAGGGGUCCAGUCCACAGCCGCCAACUAUGCUCCUGUCGUCUUCAAGAACUGCGUGGUGAAAGUGGGCAAGUGGGAAGUGAAAGGAACCGUGGUCAAGCCACAGAUGCUGCAAACAACUAUCCGGAUGAAGCUCAAUGUGCCGGCCGACUACAUGUGCCGCGAGAAGUGCGCAGUUUUGGAUGACAAUGGUGCCAUCCGUCCACCCACACUCUUCUCACAACAAUGGGUCUACCGCGCUGGGGGAGUGACGGAAGAUGUGAAAUGCGCUUUCGGAACCACAUAUGUCGAUGGCGAAAUGGCAAGCUAA